CCCCCCUCAAAUUUCUCCCUUCUGACUCUCUCUCAUUCUCUCACUUACUUGUUACUUCUUCCCCUUUCUCUCUCUGUCUCUCUCUCUCCUCAUUCAUUCAUAAACCCGUGAUCUUUCCCUUCCUCUGCUUUCUCUCUCCUUCGUUGUUAAUCUUUUCCUGAUCAUUUUUGCUCCACAAAUGGACACUACCGACGACAUUGCUGAAGAAAUUUCUUUCCAGAGCUUUGAAGAUGAUUGCAGAAUUCUUCGUAGUCUUUUUAAUGAUGUUCUUCUCAGAGAAGUUGGUUCUGAUUUCGUUCACAAACUUGAACGUAUCAGAAUUCUCGCUGAGAGUGCAUGUAACAUGAGAAGCGCGGACAUUGAGGAUACAGCUGAGUUGCUUGAGAAGCAGCUUAUAUCAGAGUUGUCCAAAAUGGGUUUAGAGGAAGCUUUGAUGCUUGGUCGAGCAUUCAGUCAUUAUCUUAAUUUGAUGGGAAUUGCUGAAACUCAUCACAGGUUACGUAAACAAAAAAAUGUUCCACAACUAUCUAAAUCAUGUGAUGAUAUCUUUAGUAAGCUGAUUCAAGAAGGAGUUUCUUCAGAUGACCUUUACAACCAUGUUUGUCAGCAGGAGGUAGAAAUUGUUCUAACUGCGCAUCCCACGCAAAUUAAUAGGCGUACUUUGCAAUAUAAGCAUAUUAGAAUUGCUCAUCUUUUAGAGUACAAUGAUAGACCUGACCUUGGUCAUGAAGAUAGAGAGAUGCUGAUUGAAGAUCUGGUUAGAGAAAUAACUUCAGUGUGGCAAACUGAUGAGCUUAGAAGGCACAAACCGACUCCAGUUGAUGAAGCUAGGGCCGGUUUACAUAUUGUUGAGCAAUCACUCUGGAGAGCUGUUCCUCACUAUUUGCGCCGUGUCAGUAAUGCUUUAAAGAAGCACACUGGUCAGGCACUUCCCUUGACAUGUACACCCAUAAAGUUUGGUUCUUGGAUGGGAGGUGAUCGAGAUGGAAAUCCUAAUGUGACUGCCAAGGUCACAAGAGAUGUGUCUCUGUUGUCUAGAUGGAUGGCUGUAGACCUUUACAUUCGUGAAGUUGAUGGUCUUAGAUUUGAGCUUUCCAUGAACCGUUGCAGUGACGAAUUGCUAAAGCUUACACAUGAAAUACUCAAAAAAGAAAAUGCAGCAAAGGAUAAGUAUGAAAGUUGGAAUCAACCUACACAGAGGAGUCAGUCAAAGUUUCAAUCAAAUCUACCCACUGGAGUUAAUCUUCCUUCCUACACAGAUUGCAAUAAUGGGGAUUCUCAGCAUCCAAAACUGGAACUUCCUGGCACUGAUUACAUGCCACUGAACCGACAGGACAGUGCAAAAAAGCCCCACAAGUCUUCUGAGGAGGGAAUUGGAUCUUCAAAUGCUCCUUCAUCAGGAAUUCCUCGAAACUCUUCAAGUCAGCUGCUGGCUCAGAGAAAGCUAUUUGCAGAGUCUUCUGUAGGAAGAGCAAGUUUCCAGAAACUUCUGGAGCCAAGUCAACCACAGAAACCUGGAAUUGCUCCCUACAGGGUUGUUCUUGGUAAUGUGAAGGACAAGCUUCUGAAGACCCAGCAGCACUUGGAGCUUCGUUUAGAAGAGCUUCCUUGUGAUGCAGAUCUUUCUGAUUACUACGAGACCUCUCAACAACUUUUGGAACCCUUGCUUUUAUGCUAUGAUUCUCUGCAAUCAUGCGGAUCUGGAGUGCUAGCUGAUGGCCGACUAGCUGACUUGAUACGAAGAGUCAGUACAUUCGGCAUGGUGUUAAUGAAACUAGAUCUACGCCAGGAAUCUGGCCGACAUUCUGAAGCACUGGAUGCAAUUACAAAUUACUUGGACAUGGGCACAUACAGUGAGUGGGAUGAAGACAAAAAAUUGGAGUUCCUUACUAAAGAGCUGAAAGGGAAGAGGCCUCUAGUUCCAACAAGUAUAGAGGUUGCUCCUGAUGUGAAGGAGGUCUUAGACACUUUCCGUGUUGCUGCUGAGCUAGGGAGUGAUUCACUUGGAGCUUAUGUAAUUUCAAUGGCAUCGAAUGCAAGUGAUGUACUGGCUGUUGAGCUUCUACAGAAAGAUGCCCGACUUGCUCACAGUGGGGAGCAGGGCAGACCAUGCAUUGGUGGAACGUUGCGGGUGGUUCCAUUAUUUGAGACUGUGAAGGAUUUGAGGGGUGCUGGAGCAGUUAUCCGGAAGUUAUUGUCAAUUGAUUGGUAUAGGGAGCACGUCAUUAAGAAUCACAAUGGACAUCAGGAGGUCAUGGUUGGAUAUUCUGAUUCUGGCAAGGAUGCUGGUCGUUUUACAGCUGCAUGGGAGCUUUACAAAGCCCAAGAGGAUGUUGUGGCUGCAUGCAAUGAGUUCAAUAUCAAAGUUACUCUCUUUCAUGGCCGUGGAGGGAGUAUUGGUAGGGGUGGUGGUCCGACAUAUCUUGCCAUUCAAUCACAGCCUCCUGGUUCUGUUAUGGGUACGUUGAGGUCCACUGAGCAAGGAGAAAUGGUGCAAGCUAAAUUUGGACGACCACAAAUUGCAGUUCGGCAACUAGAAAUCUAUACCACAGCUGUGCUUCUUGCAACAAUGCGGCCUCCUCUCCCACCCAGAGAAGAAAAAUGGCGGAACCUUAUGGAGGAGAUUUCGAAGGUUAGUUGCCAGAAUUAUCGUAGCACUGUGUACGAAAACCCUGAGUUCUUGUCCUACUUCCAUGAAGCUACUCCCCAAGCUGAGCUCGGGCACCUUAACAUUGGAAGCCGACCCACAAGAAGAAAGAGCUCAACAGCAAUUGGACAUCUUCGAGCAAUUCCUUGGGUAUUUGCAUGGACACAAACAAGAUUUGUUCUUCCUGCUUGGCUUGGUGUAGGAGCAGGCUUGAAAAGUGCUUGUGAAAAGGGGCAUGCAGAUGAUCUGCGAGCAAUGUAUCAGGAAUGGCCAUUUUUCCAGAGCACAAUAGACCUUAUAGAAAUGGUUUUGGGGAAGGCUGAUUUACCUAUAGCCAAGCUUUAUAAUGAUGUGCUUGUAUCUGAAAGUAGGAGAGAACUUGGUUCGCAGUUAAGAAAGGAGCUAAUGACUACUGAGAUGUAUGUGCUGGUUGUGAGUGGGCAUGAGAAGCCGUUGGAAGGUAACCGGACCUUGAAGAAGCUGAUCGAGAACAGACUUCCAUAUCUAAACCCAAUCAAUAUGCUGCAGGUGGAGAUACUAAAGAGGUUAAGACGUGAUGAUGAUAAUCAUAAACUCAGAGAUGCAUUGCUCAUUACCAUAAAUGGGAUCGCUGCUGGGAUGAGGAACACCGGUUAGUACCACCCACAGCUCUGAAGAACCAGAUGAAACUCGUUUUUUUGUUUGUCUAAGGUACUAGCAUAAGGUUGACAUUGUCAUUAUGAGAUAGAUAUAGCUGUCGUAGAUCAGAUACUUGAGAGAUCACUUAAGCUGCCAGGGAAUGAAAUUUAUGCAUCUCUAAGUGCCACUUGUAGCAUGAAAUGUCUUCAAUAUUACUGACACCAGGAGAUGCCAUCAUGCGCAAGCUUAAGAUCUA